CAAAGUCCAGCCAGCAGAGAGUCGAGAUGACGGCCAUCGAGAGCAAAGAGGAGAUCAGCGACACUGACAGUGGGAUUAUCGUUCAUUCUGGUCCCGACAGCCCCACGUCUCCGGUCAAGGACCUGACCACGCACACCCGAGCCCUGAAGCUGAAGCACCAGUCUCUGGAGGAGCGUCUGGAGCUCUGCCUGCUGGAGCUCCGCAAGCUCUGCAUCCGCGAGGCCGAGCUGACAGGUAAACUGCCCUCUGACUAUCCUCUGAUGCCCGAGGAGAAGCUGCCCCGGAUCAGGAGGAGGAUCGGAGCUUCCUUCAAGCUCGACGAGGGUCUGAUCCACCUGGACAAACAGGACUCUGAGCUGCAAGUGCUUGAAACCGACUUGGCUCUUCAGCGGCAGAUUUACGAGGCGGCCCGCAAACUCUCCCUGGAGGGCAACCUCAGCAAACCACAGAAGAAGAGCCGGCUGCAGCAGUGCAAGAGGGAGGAGAAGAAGGUGAAGGACCUGCAGGAGGCUGUGUUCCAGCAGCGCGUCAAGAGCGAGUGCAACUCCCCGUGCAUUAGCGUCUCCAACAACCAGAGCAAAGAUCUGUGCCUGUCUGAUGACAGCUCUCUGUCUGACGUGGUGGCCCUGGAUGAUGACGUGGACUCGUCCAGCCCUCUCUCUCCUCCGGUGCUGGGCUCUUCCUACUCGGACCCCCUGCAGCUGUCAGUCAGCAGCCUCCAGUCAUCCAGUCAGCUCAGCGUGAAGUAUGAGCGCUCUCCCAUCCAGAACUCACCGUGGAAAGAGUCCAGCCUGGAUCAGCCGUACCAGAAGAACACAAACUGUCAGUCUUCAUGCAGCAGCAGGUCAAGCAGUCCAGCAGGAGCCCAGCUGUCAGAGAGCAUCAUCCCUCUGUCUCAGUUCAUAAAGAACGCUGCCCUGCGUCAGAACCACUCCACCAGCGCUCCCUCCACCCCGGAGCUGCACGUCCGCCGGCAAUACUCCCAGUCCUUCAGACUUCCCAAAACUAAGCCGGCUGCUGACGUGGAGCGCCUCAGCUCAGAGAAUCGAGGGCGAGCCCGGCUGCCCCAGCGGCGCUGCGCUGCCGACUUCAUGCUGCGUUCUCCGGAGUUCUCCCCGCUGCGGCCUUACCAGUCCAGCUCAGAGGACAGCAGCUCGGAGCACUCGUCCUCCUCCUACAUCAGCUCUCCUGGCAGGGACAGACCCACCGAGAUCCCCAAGCUCCACCCGCCGCCUUACGGUUUCCACUUCGGAGCACAGAAGAAAGGGCUCGCCAGCUUCGCCGGCCCACACAAGAACAACAGCCCCGGCUACGUGACGACGCUGGCAGAGGACGGCCCGCUGUCCCCUCAGGAGCAGGACAUGGGGAAGUGCCUACUGUCCCCUACCCCCCAGCAGGGACAACUGCAGGAGGGAGCGCUGUCCCCGAGGGGGAUCCUGAAGGCCCCCCCUCCCUACACCAGGUUGGUGCGGACGCCCUCGCUGAAGGAGUACCCCAACCACGCCAUCCGGCUGAUGCCGCGGGAGAUGGUGUCUGAGGAGCUGAAGUCCUGGCACCAGAGGAACCAGCUGCAGAAGCAGAGCGUGAUGAGCCCCACCUCCCCCCACCUGCCCCCCUUCAACCAGGCAUCGGGUAACUUGGUCCUCCAGCGCGCUGCAGACGGGACUCCGGUGCAGUGGUUCAUUGCUAAGGACGCUGAGAUCGUGAGCCAGGUGUGACUGAGAGCUCUGAGUGUAUUUAUAAUAUCCUCUCUGUAUUUAUUAUUCUCUCUCUGUGAGACCCCCCCGCUGAGCACAUUUCUCUCUCGUCUUUUAAUUUAAAACUUAAUGUAAGGUGCUAUGCCAGUUUAUUUAUUUUAAAUUGUUUUCUAACAGAUGUUUCUAAAGUUCCUGAGGUGAAUUUAGGUUCAUACGACAGAUUUGUGGUUUCAAGAACUUCUUUGUGUCUGGAACACAUUUUGCACAUGAAAUCCAUCUACAGUAGUUUUCAAAUUCCCCAUUCCUAAUAUAAUAUUUUAUGUUAUACUUUAUUUAUGUUUCCCCCCUGCAACAUGAAGACUUCUUACUAACAUGUUACACCUUUCUUUACAUAUAUAUAAAUAGUUAAAAUAUAACAUCUAGCCAUGAUGUGAAGUGAGCUGAACCUUAACGUUUGCUAUUUACUGUUGAUAAUGAAUCACUGAGGCCUUGGACGGUGGUUUGAUAAAUGUUUUCACUGCAGUAUGGAGUUUUCUUACUAACCAAGUGAUUGUAUCAGUUUUGAUAUGUUUUGUAUAUUUAUAAUAAAAACAACUCAGCUGA